UGCACUAUCUCACUUGCAGAAAACGGGCAGCGUGAACCUCUCGCGCCUGAAUGGACCAUGCCAGCGAAGGCAAAAGGUGAAGAUCCUGAGGAGGGUCUUUGCUCCAUUUUCUACGGAUGCUGCUGCCAAAGCCUUGCGGACCUCGGAAGGUGCUUCUGUCCUCAACCGCGCACUUGCCAAAGGCACAGAUGCUGCAUGUGGCUGCCAUAUCGAAUUCUCUGCAACUGCCCAGUAGUCUUGUUACUUGCCGCGCUCAUGGGCUACGGCAGUUAUGAGGUUGCCCAGCAGGUGAUGGAUCCACCCAUCACGCCCAGCAUUGGCAUCAUCAACCUGAUGCCGCUGAAUCUUCCCACCGCCACCAACUGGAAGCUAGAGAUCAUUUGUGAGAUGGCCUUCUUCAAUAGUGGUGGGAAGGACUUUGUCAUGGAAACCUUCGACGGCGUCUUCGAGUAUAAGGACAUGACCAACUUGGGCUACUUUGAGCUGCAGCCCUCCGCGCUGCCCAUGACGCUGCAGCCCGGGGAAACGAAGAACCCCCUGGCGAAGCUCACCAUGCACAACCACGACUGGGGCUCCAAGGCGCUGCUUGCGGAGAGCGUUGUCCAGGAGUUCAUGUGGCGCCACAACCCGGUGCUGAAGCUGCGGUGCCAGACCUCCGGCCUGGUCUGGGCCUGGCAGAUGAUGAGUCACUUCACGGCCGAGUACAUGUGUCAGCUGACCAUCUAUGCCGCUGAUCAUGGCUUGGGUCUUCUCGACUUCUCCGACUGGGAGGCCGUGAAAGAGAGGUGGAAGGACGCCCUUGCCAAAGGCCGGGAGGCUUCCGGCCCGGAGCAGGCCAUGCAGAGGACCAUGUUGGGCGGGCAGUUAGCCAGCAUCCUGCACGCGUACAUGGCCAUGGCUUUGGGCGGCUUCGGAGGGGCAGUGCUGAUUUGCUGGUGCAGCUGCUGGUAUGUGCUGGCCUUUCCGAAGGAGCAUCAUUGCGGCGAGGGCAAGGGCAACGCCGCGCGGGUGUGGCUCUUCGGCAUCCCGAGGCACGCCCCCCUCGACGAGGCUGACGAGCUGGAUUUCGAGAAGGAAAGUGGCUCACGCGAGCCCCAGCUCGAGCAGCUCGGGCCCCAGUCGCAGUUCGACAUGGGCAAUCCGGCCCAGAUGUACAUGGCUCCAGGUGCCGACUUCAAUCAGAACUACCAGUGGCCAGCGCGGCAGCACACGGACCUUUUUCUCGGCCAGCCGGGCACUGAUCCUGAAGCUCACGAGCGAUACGAGCAGCCAGCCAUGCCAGCCUUGCCAGCCAUGUAUGGGCAGCCAAUGGGCAGACCUGUGGAUAGGGAAUGAGGAGGCAGCAAUGAGGUGACAGUCUCCUUCCUUGUUGAGCAGACGGCGCGCUGCAAGAUACGUAGACGGAAUUGAUGGGGGGGCGGAGGUUUCUCGUGAGUUCGUUUGGCAGGCAUGGCGAAUGCCAACUGCCUUGCAUUUUCAACGGAGAACAUCUGCGGUGCCGAUGUUAGGAAUUCCUGGCAACGGCUAGAGGCCCUGCCUAUUUCGGCAUGGCGAGCAGUUCCAUUAG